AUGGCUCCGCCUCAUCACCGCGCCCGUACGCCUGAGACGCCGACCAACGAGCAGCUGGCUCAGAACUUGCAACAUCUCAUGCAAACGAUGCAGACCUUGAGUGAAGCCCUUCUGCACAACAAGCAUCCUGCUCCGCCGCCGCAGCCAGCCGGGAAUCGGGAUGUGGGACGUCUAGUCUCGGGACAUAGGCCACCGGUGUUCGCCGGAGAAGAGGAUCCUGUGAUACUCGAGGAGUGGAUCCGGACCCUUGAUAAGAUCUUCGCCGUCGUGGGAUGCCCUGAGGAUCGCAGAGUGAAGCUGGCUUCUUUCUACUUCAGUCACGAUGCUGAUCUCUGGUGGGUACACGAGGGUCCCGCGUGUCAAGAAGAGCCCGACUUCGACUGGACAGCCUUGAUGGACAGGAUGAGGGAGAGUUUUUAUCCAUCGCACGUUCGAGCCGCCAUGAUGCUGCUCCCCACCGAGCUCGCGAAGGUGGAGAAGUUCGUGGCAAGACUCAACUAUGAAGCCCGGAAGGCGUUGACUGUGAGCAAGCCGAGGACCCUGAAGGAGGCUUAUCUGAGCGCGGCCGAUCUGUAUCAUGUGAAACAGUUGCAGCGAGGGUCGUUUGGGUUCGUUAAGAAGAGGAAUGAAGGAAGUGGGGCCCACAGUUUCAAGAAGCCGAGACAAGACUUCCGAUCCAGACCCGCAUCCUCCCCGCCUCAAGGAUCAACUCGGGCGGAGAAUGGAGCUCAAGAGAGGGCUUUUGCAUGCAAGAAAUGUGGGAAGGAACAUGUAGGGAAGGAUUGCGAAGGAUCUGCACUCUGA